AUCCGGUACAUGUCAAACGAUGGAGAAAAAUUGCUGUUCGGUUGCCGAGAAGGCUUUUGAAGUUCACUUGGAAGGAAGCAAAAGGGGCGGAGUGAGGAUUCAACACAGCGGUUACAUGCACAACAUUCCUUUGAGAGAGAAAGGUCGUGCUUAUAAAUGCAAAAACUAUCACCGUCGCGAGCGCAUCUCGUAGUUUUGCUCACGUGCUGCGACUGAGCAUCGCCGAGUCUUCUCGUGCGCGUGAAGGGGGGCAUUGAGUUUGGGACACAGAAACAUCCGAAGUUUGUGUUCUGUCUGUCCAUCCGGAGUAAACAUGUUCAAAUAUGUGCAGUAUGGAUUUUAGGAGGACGAAGUUCAGCAGGUUUAUGAACAAUCGUGUCCCCUCCAGUAAGAGAUACCAGCCAACUGAGUAUGAGCAUGCGGCCAACUGUGCCACCCAUGGAUUUUGGAUCAUUCCCAGUAUUCUGGGAAGCUCAAUGCUAUACUCCCUGUCUGAUGACCAGUGGGAGACCAUCUCCGCAUGGAUGUAUGGUACAGGUCUGUCUGGACUCUUUAUUAUGUCUACCAUGUUUCAUACUGUAACCUGGAAGAAGAGUCACCUCAGGAAGGUGGAGCAGCGAUUCCACAUGUGUGACAGAAUGGUGAUAUAUUUCUUCAUAGCCGCUUCAUACGCACCCUGGCUGAACCUGAGAGAGUUAGGACCCUGGGCUGUUCAUAUGCGCUGGUUGGUGUGGAUCAUGGCUUGUGCUGGCUCUGCCUACGUCUUCUUUUAUCAUGAAAAGAACAAAAUAUUAGACUUACUGUGCUACACUGCCAUGGGAACUGUUCCUGCCCUUGUACUUCUGUCAAUGCCUAACAGAGAGGGCGUGUUCGAGCUGUCAGUGGGCGGAGUCUUCUACUGCCUGGGCAUUGUCUUCUUCAAGAGUGACGGCCUCAUUCCAUUCGCUCAUGCCAUCUGGCACGUCUUUGUAGCAGUAGGGGCCGGCGUACACUAUUACGCCAUCUGGAGGUACUUGUAUGCAUCCGGGGCCAGUCAAAUAAAAAUAUCCAGGUGACGUUUGUAAAAGCCCAAGCGUGUUUUACACGUACGGGUUUGCCCACCAUGUGCCUUUGUAUCCCUGUCAAUUAAUCAUAGAUGGGUAUGUUCUAGUACUAUUGUAUUAAAAUGUAUUUUUAUAUUUUUAUGAAGAAUGUUUUUGGUUGCUAGCACCUUUCAGACAGUCGAUUUUUAUAGGUGUGGUGUUAACCUGCUGCCAUAAAGUACUGUCUAAAUGUCAGUGUUUACAUCUAUGAAAGUAUCUAAAUCUAGAGCUACACUUACUGCCUUUAAAGACUUCUUUUGACUUGAAGUAUACAAACUGCACUUACAGUAUGAACUAAGUCAUAUUUACUAAAAGUAUACACUACUGUGAUGUAGUAACAUACUGGUCGAUCCUCUUCAUCCUCUGUGAGACAUAAAGCCGCCGAUCUAGUUACAUGCAUAUGAACUAAAGUAUUCAGAAUCACUUUCUAAGUAUUAUUUAAUAAAUCCUCUGUUUUUUUUUAGAUAGAAAUCUAGAUUAGACAACAUGAUUCUUUACAAGGUUAAACAUUCUAGCCAUUUAACUGUUAUAGGUGCAGUUUCCCAGACAAGACUUAAAGGCGGGGUGCAUGAUGACCCGCCCCACACAUACGCAACCCCAGGCAACGAUGUCGGUUAUUAGACAUAGACAAGCCCCUUACUGCUGAUUGGCUACAAGUGUGUUUUGGUAGUCGGACAACUCCCUUUUCCAAAGUGUUUUUUCAAAAAUCACACACCCCGCCUUUAAGACUAGUCUCAGACUAAAAUGCAUGUUUGAGCGGUCUCAAAUAAAAACAGCUUGCACUGACCUGUUUUUAAAUAUAUCAGUGCCACUGUUUUGUGAUGAUCAUUUUUGCUAUUUCGUAAUGCUGUGUUCAACUUUACUUUAUAACAGAAGCUGUUGUUCAUGUAAAUCCGGUUGUUAUAUGACAAGACAGUUCUGGGUUCAGUACAAGACAGACAACAUCUGGUAUGCUGUUGUUUACCACAGCUGAGCUUACAAUUUAUU